GUGAGCGAGAAAGGUCGACUCUUGCUGGCCGUAGAGGUAGUGGCCCGGUAGGGUCUCUUCCGGCCCUAGUAGCUGUAGUAGCAGUCGCUCCGGCUCCGUCUCUGAGGCGCUAGGCCGCAGGUAGGAGCCCCGCAGCCCGUUCCCUGUUGCUUCCUCACGGGCUCCACGUUCCUUGUGGAAGUCCCCGAGCCGCUGACCUAGGAGUUUGAGGCCGGACCAGACAGUUCCCCCUGCGGGGAGGGCCCUUUGGCCGGAGCCGGCCUCUCCCUGGAGACGAAGAGGAAGCCCAUGGGUCACUCUCAAGCUCAGGCACGACCCUCCCUUCCUGGCACAGGCCGAAGCUGGGCCAUAGGACCUAGUUUCCUAGGAGCAGAAUGUAUACACUCCUGUCAGGGCUUUAUAAAUACAUGUUCCGGAGAGAUGAAUACUGCAUUCUAAUCCUGGGGUUGGACAAUGCAGGAAAGACGACUUUCCUGGAGCAAACGAAAACCCGAUUUAACAGAAACUACAAAGGGAUGAGUUUAUCCAAAAUCACCACUACAGUGGGACUGAAUAUUGGUACUAUUGAUGUGGGCAAAGCUCGACUUAUGUUCUGGGAUUUAGGAGGGCAAGAGGAAUUGCAGUCUCUCUGGGACAAGUACUAUGCUGAGUCCCAUGGGGUCAUCUAUGUCAUUGAUUCUACCGAUGAGGAGCGACUCUCAGAAACCAAGAGAGCAUUUGAAAAAAUGAUCACCAGUGAAGCCCUGGAGGGGGUCCCUAUCUUGGUCCUGGCCAAUAAGCAGGAUGUAGAGACCUGCUUAUCCAUUCCUGACAUCAAGACCGCAUUCAGUGAUUGCAUUAAUAAAAUUGGAAAGAGAGACUGCCUGACACAGGCUUGCUCAGCUCUCACAGGCAAAGGGGUGAAUGAGGGCAUCGAGUGGAUGGUGAAGUGUGUCGUGAGGAAUAUCCACCGACCUCCACGGCAGAAGGACAUCACGUAAGGUCGGAGUAGCACUGCUGCUGUGCUUGGACGGCUGCCCCCAGCGCAGAUUCCACCCACCCUCCUUGUCCAGGGAACAGGGCCACGACCUUGUCAUCAGUUGGAUUCUUUUCAUUUGGAUUUUUUAUUUUGUUUAUGUUUUUUCCUAAGACAAACUUUUAUCUCCAUCCAAAAAAAAAUCAUCUUGAGGAUUCUACCUGGUGGUUGGAGAGGGAAAAGGGGAGGGUGUUCUCUAUGACCAGACACAAGCCCCUCCUGAAUGGGGAAUGGUAGGACCAACACCUCACCUGAAGCAUAGGCACUGUCAGGUGUCAUGAGUGACUUUACCCACACCACCAUGAGGUGUGGCUGGAUACUCCUCAGUUGCUCAAGGGAGCUGGUGUUUUUUUGGUUAAUGACCUAAAUUUAGUCCUUCAUCUCUUAAGACCAAACAUGAAAAACUGGCUCAGUUUAGUCCCUGGUGUGAGUGUUGAUGAGAGGUUGUGAUAGGCAUGUAAGGCAGUGGAUCUCAUCUGCCCUGAAACUCUAGUUUUCUUGGGUUUAUUUGGCCGAGUUCUGGCUGGAGCGGCUGUCCUUUGGCUCUAAAUCCUUGUGUUUUCUAAUAACUUCCCCAUUGCCCCUUCCUGAGGGUAACGGCCUGCGCUUGUCUCCCCAGCCUCUCACAGGAUGACGAACCACUAACACUGCAAUCGAGGCAGAGGUGACCCUCGUUGUGAGGCCCCACACUGCUUGAGGUGACAUUUUUUUGCUGCUCAUAGCAGCUGUACUAGGUGAUAUACAAAAAAUGGGCUCCAAGGGAUACUUUGAGCCAAAACAGUUGACACUUCUUUGCAGCUUCUUUUCCAGCAGACACCACCUGCUCACCUCUGACAGCAUUUGACUCUUAAUCGUGCUUUGGCUUCUAGGGCCCCAGCCCUGGGGUCCAGAAUAGGUAGUUGAAAUAACUUGUUCAAACCUGGCCCAGGCGCAGGCUCAUAAGCCAUAAAUGGUUGUGGGGUUUUCCCGGAGUUCUAAGUGUUGUUGAAGAGCAGCCUUGGCUAUUUCCCCAUAGAAAUCAGCUCCAGAUAAUCCAGGUCAUUGGCCAAAUUGCAGUAUUGCCCACAGCAGAGGCAAUGAGAGAUAGGAAAUCCUUCCUAGAGUUUCAUAGAAACCUUAGGUGGAAGGCUGUCCUAGCCAGCUGACUGACCUUGAGUGUCUGUCAGUUUAUCUUUGUAAGACCCGGAGUAGCUGAGGAUCAGUAGUGCCAACUAGAAUCAGCCUAGGUUGGCCAGCUUCCCUGUUUUCCUGUUGUUUAUGCUUUUCUCAUUCUGAGGGGUUUGACUUUACUCUGGAGGAUAGUGUGAUCCCUUAGAGCCUGUUAUAAGAAGGCGUGGGCAGCUAGCGGGUGGCAUAAGAGCUGAUCACUUCUGGACCCACUUCCCUAGAACUUGUGUUAGCAGUGACAGAACCACAAAGCUGCCCUUCUCUGACACUUCCAGGUCCAGCUGAGAAGCCAAACACUUGGGUGUCACUCUUAGAAUGCCUGCAGGGAAAUGGAAGGGAGGCAGGUACUUAGGGAGAAAUUUUUCUUUCUUCUCAGGCUAGACUUAUGUGGCAGCUUGAAUAGAGAAGAUGAGCAAGUAGCGUAAUGCUAUUGGUAGCCUUUAUCACAGCUGAUUUUAGCCUCCCAAAAAGGGGCAGAAAGAGGGCUAAUAUAGGAAAGCCAAGGACAAGGCAUCGUAGGCUCUUGCUUCCUACUUUGUGGGUUCUCUGCCUUUGUAGCCUGCAUACUAAGUUGUGCAUUAGACAGGGUCAGUAUUAUGCCCGGGUAGAUUUCAGGCAACAUUCUCUCAUAAUUUAUUCUUGCCACAUGGAGACCAUUUAUAGGGUAAAGUAAAGGGGUGGGCAGUCCUUCCAGGAUAUGGCCUUGGCCACAAUGGACCUGUUGGGCAAUGUGCAAGCUACAGGUAUGAAGUAUGUCUGAAUGUAAGCCAAUCCAAACCCCAGCCUACUCUUUAUUAUGCACUAGAGUCAGUUUCUCUUGUGGCUUUAGAAUCCAGUGCAAGAGAAGCACAUCUCUAAGCCUCAGGCAAUAUGCUCCUUUACUUUUUAAUUUAGAAAAGUUAGCGUAUAGAAUCAGGAAGAAGCAAAACUUUACCUGCUUCCCUUCCCUUUCAGUUUAAGGAUUUUGAACUGAACAUUUCCCUCCAGUCCUGAUGCUAAUUGAGCAACCUAUGUAGCUGCUACUUCUUGAACUGAGUCAGAGGAAAAGAAACAUGGUUCUGAGAUCCUCUAACAUCCCUGCAUGAUCUUGGACAAAUUCCCUCUGAUACAAAGUUUAUCUUUCAUAGAGGGGAUUAAGAUCUGGCCCAGGGAGGGCCAGUUACCUGUUACUUCUUUGCGGAUUGGUGAUGAGAGAGUUAAUGUUCACUGAGAGCUUUGAGAUCCUGAGCGGGGAGAAAGCUGCCCAGAUUGAAAGUAAGCACACUCCAAAAACCAAAGUAGGAUUUGUUCUUUUAUCUUGUCUUUGAGGGAGGAGUUCACAUACUUAAUGUUUGUCUUUAGGUCAUGUUUGCCCCUGCAGGAACAUCACGUUCUUCGUGUUACAUGGUAACAAGAGAAUAUGCUUGUGCAGAAAUCCCCUUUAUAAAAAAUCUGGCAAAGUUAAAUGUGCUGCCUUUCUUCUUUCUCGUACAGUGAACCCUGGGUGAGUUGGGAGGGAUUGGGAUAGGAUAUGUUCUGUGGGGCUUCUGAUCCAUAAGAAAGAAGCAAGGCCAGCGGUUCAGUUGAGGUUAGAGAGAUCUGUGAAGCAUUGUAUCUGCUCUAUCCUCCAUACUCCAAAUCCCGCUGCUCCAGAAAUCCAAAGGAUUCCUAUAGAUUUGGUUCCUAUAGGCAGUCCAGUAGUGGUAUGGCUCAGCAGCUCCAGCUAAAUGUGGAUUAAAAGAGGGUCAGCAUUAGAGUUAGGGUCAGGAUCAGGCUUCAGAAUCAGGACCUUUCGAGAUCAGAGGAAAGUGCUUCUCAUUUGUUUGCUUUGGCCAAAGAGAUGACAGUUUGAGGCUUGUCGUUCUGAAACAUGACUGGGUGAAAACUCUACCUUCUACCAAAGUCUAAAUAUCCAUGUUUCCCAUUAAAUACCUCCUUGCUUUGGUAAAAUGAGGCUUGUGACUCAGUGGAGAAGCCUCUCUAAUUUGGCUGUUGCUGAGGACUUUCUACUUUUCCCCCAAAUAUCUUAGGAUUCUGCCCCUUGCCACUUAUCCCAGCCCGCUCUUUUAUUCUUGGACUAAUCCAAACCAAAUAGCAACUCCACAGCAUAAACAUCCUCUCUUCUUUGGAAAUUCCAGCCUAGCCUUUGCAGCUGCUGGGUUGGAACUCUCUAUCCCCUGUUUUGGUCCUGUUCUAAUUUAUGAAAGCUUGGACUCUUUUAGAGUACUUGAUGGAGCCUCUUUGCCCUGAGGCCCUCGCAGCUAUAGCUUCUUGUUCAUAGUCACCCUGACAACUGUAACUGGAUUAGAAAAAAAUUGAAAAAAGAUAUGACCCUAGUAGCUUUGAGGAUUUAGUUCUUUCACACAGCAGCAGCUCUUGACUUGGGGAUUGAAGGAUCAGUGAUGGUUCCCAAUGUACUGAUACCCAUUCCCCAGCAGUAUUUAGCAGAAGUUUGGCCGGAUGCUUAUUUGUCCAGCCUUAUGCUUAAGUGCUUGUGGUCACAGAGCCAUAUUCUGUCUGCCCACUGACACCAUCAUCUUGACCAUUAACCAGGCAGGGGUCUGGCCACUGAUUGUCAGGGUUGUAGGCCACCACUCUCAAGGUGAACCAAUUGUCUUUAAUCCCCAGUGAUUCUCUGUGUUUGGAAAAAUAAAAAUCUGAUCAGGAA